AUGCCCAGCAAAGAAACCCAAACUUUACUGUCCUCGCACAGCAAUCAAUCAGAGCAUGAUUCAACUAGCUUGCAGACCGUGUUCGACGAUGGUGACACAUACGACGUGGCCGAUCGGUUGGAAAGCAACGGGGGCUCUUCAAAAAUCAAGCCCGAGAGAUCUCCAAGUGAGAAAGACAACAUGAUAGUGGAUUGGAACGGCCCGAAUGAUCCAGCAUGUCGUCCGAUUCCCCUCCUCUUCACCACAGCAACGAGACAGACAGCGACAAAGUUCGGCGUUUCCAUGGAAGUCACAUUGUUGGCUGUCAGUUUGUUCGUUCUGGGCUUCGCCUUUGGCCCUAUCAUCUUUGGCCCGCUUUCUGAACUGUACGGCCGGAAGCUACCGUUGUUUCUGGGCAUGUUCGGCUUCGCAAUAUUCCAGAUCCCCGUAUCUGUAGCCGAGAACUUGCAAACUAUCUUCAUAUGUCGCUUUCUGGGCGGAACUUUUGCCAGUGCACCUCUUGCCAUUGUAAAUGGUAUAUUGGCCGAUAUGUUCGAGCCCGUGGAGCGAGGGAUUGCAAUGGCCGUCUUCGCUGCGGCAGCCUUCAUCGGCCCGGUAGCUGGGCCAAUCGUCGGCGGAUUCAUAACAAUGUCGUACCUGGGCUGGCGUUGGACAGAGUACAUUACAGCUAUCUGGGCAUUUGCCAUCUCCGGUAUCGGGAUCCUGGUAGUCCCUGAGACGUUCGAGCAAACGUUACUCACACAGCGUGCUAAGCGACUUCGCACCAAAACCAAGAACUGGGCUCUUCAUGCGACGGCAGAAGAAAAGGUAGUCAGUUAUCAAGAUAUUGCAGUACGAUAUCUCCUGCGCCCGUUCCAGAUGCUUGUGCAGGAACCCAUUCUUCUGCUUAUUACCUUGUACAUGGGUUUCAUAUAUGGCUUUCUGUAUACAUGUUUCGUGGCCUACCCGGUCUCCUUCCAAGAACAGCGUGGGUGGAAUGAUGGCGUUGGAGCGUUGCCGUUCGUUGCUUUCAUUUGUGGUGUCUUUUGCGGUUGUUUGAUUAUCAUUGCGUUCUCAUUGACGCGUUAUAGAACGUUCAUACUUCGCAAUGGCCGAGUUCAGCCAGAGGAGCGGUUGAUUCCUAUGAUUAUUGGAGGUAUUUUGUUGCCCGUGGGGAUGUUUUGGUUUGGCUGGACGUCAGAUCCUCACAUAAUUUGGGUUCCACAGGUUAUAUCUGGGGCCUUCUUGGGGUCGGGGGUAAUAUUGAUCUUCCUGCAGGGGCUGAACUAUAUCGUCGAUGUGUAUCCGCUGUAUACAAACUCUGCAAUGGCAGCAAACUCCUUCUUUCGUUCAUGGCUGGGGGCUGGAUUUCCGAUGUUCGCACCACCAUUGUUUCAUUACUUGGGCGUCGACUGGGCGAUGACUUUGCUAGGUUGUCUGACCGUCGCGUUGUUCCCUGUGCCCAUUGUGUUUUUCAUAUAUGGGCCGAAAAUACGCUCAUGGAGUAGGUUUACCACGAAGGAAGAAUGA